UGAGAACCGACCUGGUGCUUCCCUUGGUGCCGCCCCCGACAGUGACGAUGAGUCCGCCCCCACAGAGUCCCAGGUAUGUGCCUCCGCCUUUUUCCUUUCGCCUCUACUUUCCGUCUUGCAUGGCCUGGGUACUUCAUCGAAAACUCGCUUGCCCGCUCACCAUGCCGUCCCUCCCGCCUGGCGAUGUGGGGGGAAGACACUUCCCUAUAACCCCACAUUCUGCCGCCGUGAACUUGAGCAGACCCGGCUGAUGCCCACGUCCCGCCCCAUGGUCCUUCCACCAUCACCCUGGGUCGGCGAGAGGGUACCCCCUGGCUAUACUAUCGCUUCGUCAAGAUCUCCAAGAUGACCUGUGCUGACUUCUUGGAACUAGCUGAACGAGGACCUCCCUCAAAUGGUCGCCGGUGUCUUCUCGGAACAGAUCGAUCUCCAGAUCCAAGCCACCACCAAGUUCCGAAAGCUUCUCUCCAAGGAGCGAAACCCCCCGAUCGAGGAGGUUAUCAAGACUGGCGUCGUCGCCCGAUUCGUCGAGUUCCUGCGAUCCCCUCACACCCUGGUCCAGUUCGAGGCUGCCUGGGCCCUGACCAACAUUGCCUCUGGUUCUGCCACCCAGACCCAGGUCGUCAUUGAGGCCGGCGCCGUCCCCAUCUUCGUCGAGCUCCUCGCCAGCCCUGAGCCCGAUGUCCGGGAGCAGGCCGUCUGGGCCCUCGGUAACAUUGCCGGUGACAGCCCUCACUGCCGCGACUAUGUCCUCAGCUGUGGUGCCCUGAAGCCUCUGCUGAACCUGCUUGGCGACAGCCGCAAGCUCAGCAUGCUCCGCAACGCUACCUGGACUCUCAGCAACUUCUGCCGAGGCAAGACUCCCCAGCCCGACUGGAACACCAUUGCCCCGGCUCUUCCCGUCCUGUCCAAGCUUGUCUACUCUCUUGAUGACGAGGUCUUGAUUGAUGCUUGCUGGGCUAUUUCCUACCUUUCGGAUGGCUCCAACGACAAGAUCCAGGCCGUCAUCGAGGCCGGCAUCCCCCGCCGCCUGGUCGAGCUGCUCAUGCACGCCUCCACCUCCGUUCAGACCCCCGCCCUCCGAUCCGUCGGCAACAUUGUCACCGGUGACGAUGUCCAGACUCAGGUCAUCAUCAACUGCGGCGCUCUGCCCUGCCUCCUGUCUCUUCUGAGCUCGACUAAGGACGGUAUCCGCAAAGAGGCUUGCUGGACCAUCUCUAACAUCACUGCCGGCAACUCGUCCCAGAUCCAGGCCGUUGUCGAUGCCAACAUCAUCCCUCCUCUGAUUCAUCUUCUCCAGAACGGUGACCUCAAGACUCGCAAGGAGGCUUGCUGGGCCAUCAGCAACGCUACCUCUGGUGGCUUGCAGAAGCCUGAGCAGAUCCGAUACCUCGUCGCUCAGGGCUGCAUCAAGCCCCUGUGCGACCUUCUCGGCUGCCCCGACAACAAGAUCAUCCAGGUGGCUCUUGACGGUCUUGAGAACAUUCUCAAGAUCGGUGACCUCGACAAGCAGGCUGCUGGUGAAAGCGCCGAGGCCAUCAACCGCUACGCCCUCUUCAUUGAGGAGUGUGGUGGCAUGGAGAAGAUCCACGAUUGCCAGAACAACGCUAACGAGGAGAUCUACAUGAAGGCCUACAACAUCAUUGAGAAGUACUUCUCUGAUGAUGAGGAGAAUGCUGAUGAGGGUAUGGCCCAGCCCGCUGGUCCUAAUGGAACCUUUGGCUUUGGCGCCAACAACGCCCAGCAGUCCGGCGGCUUCAACUUUGCCAACGGUGGUGACUCGAUGGACAUGUAAGGGUCUAGUCUCGCCUUUGUUGGACACGGACAUCCUCUAUCCUCUAGGGGAUCCGUGAUGAUGUCGUCAGGUCUUUCAACCUCUUGCCUUGGCAUACCCCCACCCCUUCAAGCACAUAUCCCAGUUACCCCCCCCUACCUGGUACAGUUUUGCUAGACUGUCAAACACCCCCCCAACCCCAAUGAUAUCACCCCGACACCGCGUCUUUUUAAUCUAUCUU